AUGGGCGUGAGUACAGCUAUUGAUCCUUCCCCUGCUCCCCUGCUCCCUUGUUCUUCCCCCACCGAUGUGAGCGUCAACAGCCUGUACGGGCGCAUCAACCACAACUUCAAGAGCAUGGUGGCGGAUGGCGAUGCGCUCAUCAACUUGGCUCACAACUUCUUCUUUGGUGAUGCCCUGCUCCUCGCUGCCGGCUGCCAGGUCUGCCCCGCUAACAUCACCAAGCCCAACAACCUGGUCCUUGGGGACAUGGGCGUCGGCGCUGUUGGGAAAUGUGCCAGCAGCUUCACUGCCGUACGAGAUUACUCGGUGGCAGGGGCGGGAAAGGAGGCGAGGGUGAGUGCGGCGGGCAACUGCCUGACGCUCAGCCCGGACGCGGAGUGCGCAGCCAACGCCACCCAGCGCAGCACGGCAGCCUGCCAAGCGUUCUGCAGCAUCACGGACAACGGCCCGUGUGACGGCCAUGGGGAGUGCGUGCCGCCUGCCCCCGCCUCCCCCUCCAACUUCACCUGCCUCUGUGACGCCGGCUACUCUGCCCUCGACUCGGGCAACGGCUCUGAAGAAAGUGGAUCGGGUUCUUCAAGCGGAGACAUGGAGGGCUUGGAAAGAGGAGGAAGGGUGAAGUCAAUGGGUUCAGAAGGAGAGGGUAGGACCUUGAGCAGUGAGAAAAGUGAAGGAUUGGAAGGAGCUGAAGGGGAUGGUGGUGAGGAACUAGAGGUGCAAGGGGAAGGACGAGCUGAAGAAGGAGAGGAGAGGGAUGGAAGGUGGAAGACUUGCGGCGUCAAGGGCAGAGGAAGAUUGGAAAACAAAGGAGGAGGAGAAGAGGUUGCUGGUGCUGGCAGAUUUGGAGAUGGGGGGAGGAGGGUGGUGGAAGAGGUCAUGGGAGGUGAACGAGAGGGAGGGGAGGUUGGGUCUGAGAGGGAAGGGGGUGGAGGAGGAGGCGGAGAGGAUGAUAUGGGUGGUGGAGAUGACGAUGGAGGUUCUCGAGGGGAAGAGGAGGAGGAGGAGGAGGAGGAGGAGGAGGAGGAGGAGGAGGAGGAGGAGGAGGAGGAGGAGGAGGAGGAGGAGGAGGAGGAGGAGGAGGAUGGUGAAGAUGAAGAGAGUAGCGACGAGAGGAGUCCAGGUGGGGAGGAUGGAGCCGUGGCUGGUGCUGAAAGCAAUGCUCCACCUGCGCCGUUUUCAACUCCUCCACCACCACUGGUGAGUGAAGAAAUCCUCAAGCAGCUAGGGGAGAAGUUCAGAGUAGAAGCUGUAUUAGCUCAAGUGAGCAGCAAAGUGUCCUUGCUCUCCACGGGCGCCAUAGUGGGUAUCGCUGUGGGCUGCUUUGCUGGCUUCGAUCUGCUGGCUGCUGUGCUCUCAUGCCUACUGUGGCCCCGUGGACAAAGGAAGUGGCAGGGGCUGGAAGUGUGUGAGCAGUACACGCUACACCAGAUGGUGAAGGCCACGGACAACUGGGCCAAGGAGAACGAGGUGCGGGCCAUGGCGACACUCAACCACGUGAAUCUGGUGCGGCUGCUGGGCUUCGGUGUGGAUCAGAAUGUGGAGACGGGCAAUCAGGAGCAGAUCUUGGUUUAUGAGUUUGUGGCUAACAGAGACUUGCAGUACCACAUUUUCAAGACCAAGAACCCUCUCUCGCUGCGGCAGCGACUGCGCCUGGCGCAAGGAGCAGCGGAGGGGCUGGCAUACCUGCAUGGGUUCGAAACGCCCAUCAUCCACCGCGACAUCAAGCCCGCCAACAUCCUCGUGACGGCCGACAUGCACGCCAAGGCAGUCCAGAAAGUUGAGGCAUAUGCGCUGGAUGAGCUCAAGGACAGCAAGCUAGACGCGAGCGAGGAGGCCAUAGUGGCCUUUGCCGAUCUCGCUCUGGACUGCGUCAAGAUGCCCGGCACACGGCGGCCCGACAUGAAGGCGGUGGCUCACUCCCUCAGCGCCCUCAUUGACCAGUUCUACCCAAACAAGGAGCCGUGCGAGUUAGUGGAGAAGCUUUCAACCUUGGGGAGCCAAUCCAGCCAGUCUACAGAUCUCUCUGGUGGGACUGUAGGGCACAGUAGCAUCAAUCAGAUUGGCAGCUCCUCCAAUGGCCUUGGUUCCAGGUUCCGUGUGCUAGGAAGUUGGAUGCAGCAUCGAUUUUCAGAAGGAUAUUGA